AUGUCCAUUCAAUCUAUCAAGAACUCUUUCCGUUUCAUCAACACCACUUCAAGACCUUCAUCUCUUUUCGCUCGUCAAUUCCACGCAAGAACAACAAUGUCUGCUCAGGUCCCCUCUUCCCACGACAUCUCAGCCGUCGCCAAGGACGAGAAUGGUCCCGUUAAGGGAUCUCAGUCCGCUCAGAUGCAGAGCGAGGUUGGCAAGACCCAGAACUUCGAGAGUGCCGCCCAGGAUGUCCUCAGCAAGAUGCAGAAGGACCCCAGCUCCAUCACACCGGAAGACGCCAACUACCUGAAGUCUCGCGAGGCUCGCGCUACCGGUCAGGCCCAGCCUCCUAAGGAUAGUGUUUCUGCCGAUGCUCAGCGUCUUGCUUCUGCCAACGAGCGCGGUACUGCCCCCAAGACUGGUCCCUUGGACCCCGCCGAGCAGUCCCAGGUCACAAGAGAGCGCAACUUUGAGGAAGCUGUCAACCAGGUCGGUUCCAAGGACCCUACUCAGGUCACUCAGGACGAUGCAAACCUCCUCCACAGCCGUGAGCAACGUGCUCACGGUCACACUGAGAAGGGCGGCGCUGCCUCCCAGGCCCAGUCCAUCGCCACUGAAAACCAGCGCUCGUAA